AAGAGCUUUUCAAAAUUUCAGUUUCAUUGAGAGAGAAAUGAGAGGUAGAGAGAGAGAGAGAGCCCUGGGACGAAGAACACAUGGGAAACGGAUAGCACAGGCAUAUGAGAGAUUCAGAUUUCAGGAUAGGGGACAACCUCAACAAGAGGUGGGAGGCUAUGAUAAGAGAAUUUACAACCAGGCAAUUCCUUUUUUCUUCACAAACUUUCCAGAGGAAUGGUCGUUCGAGCAGAUAUGGCACACUUUUAACAGAAUAUGCCUUGGAAGUGUGUUGGAGAUUGAUUGUCUGGUGAAGAGGGAUAGGCUGGGCAGACAAUUUGGUUUUGUCCGAUUUCUGGAGGCUAAUAAACCAAGGUACACGAAGAGGGAUCCCCUAAAAAACCCUCUUCCUAUCAAUCAUCCCAAGGCCUGGAUCUGGAGACAACAAAGCUGCAACGGUAAUGUUAGCAGACCAUCUUAUGCUGAGAUACUAAAAGCAGCCAAUAGCAGGAUGGAAGAUAGGUCCGAAAAGGAAAGAAGGGAAGAAGGAGCAAAGCAAAGAUAUAGAAGCAGCAACGCUAGAACCUACAGGUGCAGCAAAGGGAAUGGAAACCAAAACGCCAGCACCACCAGUGUGUAUUCAGUGACCUUGAUACCUAAUCUGCAAGAGAAAUUCUUCAUGGAGGGGGUUUUCUUUUGCAAAAUAAGACCAAUAGGAGGGAGACUAGUGCUAUUAGAAGGCAAGGAUUAUGAGGAUCUAAAGGAGCUAGUUGAAACCGGGAAAGACUUGUUGGGGAAUUGGUUUGAAGAUGUCAAGCCAUGGACACCUACAGUGGUAGCAACGGAGAGGUUUGCUUGGAUUCGAUGUCAAGGGCUCCCAGUGCAUGCUUGGAAGUCAGAAACUUUCGAAACCUUUGGAAGAUUAUGGGGAAACUUUGUAUCUUUAGAUGAUAGCACGAUCAGCAAGAAGAGAUUCGAUGCAGCAAGAUUUUUAAUCACCACACCAUCAACAGAAUCUAUAUCCAAGUCCAUCACAGUAAAGAUCAAUGGAGAAUCCUUCACACUCAAAUUCUCAGAAGAGGAAUCAACAAACAUUUUAUUCACCAUGAGGUCCAACAGAAUUUUUCAGGCACCGAGAGAAGAGUACGAUGAAGAAAGCAGCUCCACAGAUAAUCAGAAUGUAGUAGAUUCCAAUUUGGACGAAAACAUCCUGGAACAGCUUGAAUUUCAGACAAUGGGGAUUGAAGGUGAUGGUGCAAAGGCUUUCUCGGAGAAUGACGUGGCAACACCGAAUAUGGAGGGUGAAAAUGAGAAUGAGAUGGCAAGUCAAAACACUGAGGUGGCAAGUAAAGAUGAUGAGGUGGUAAGCCAAAAUACCGAGGUGGCUGGCGACAAGGUGGAAGGUAACAAAAGAGGUGAAGAAGAAGAAAUCAGCACAGGUCCCGAGAUUGUGGAAGAAUUAGAGGGUAUGGCAGAAAGUAGGACGAGGUUUACUGUUGCAAAUUCAAAUUUUCAACGACUGGCAGAAUCAAGAAGGAUUGAGGCAGAUCUAGAUAUGGUGAAGUAUAAAGCUGAUGAAGGGAACUUCGAAAAGGACAGUCAAGAGAGCACCAACGCAGAUAUGGACAGCUGUGACAAGUCUUAUCAACAAAAAAAUAAAUUAGUUGUAGACUACAUGGGAAGCGGGAAAGAAGAAAGAAGUGUUAAAGAUUUAAAUAAUGGGCUGCCAACAAAAGAUAUGGGCCUACAGGUAGAAAUUGGGCCGAUAGACCCCCACGUGGUUGACAAAAUAAAACCGUCAUAUGCAGGCCCACAGGAGCAAAAUGUGAACUACAGCAACAGAUCCAAAAUGAGGAACAGAAAAUCAGAUUCUUCUUUCUGGGAUGAUUUCGAAAGUGAGUCAGGCAUAGAAGCUAACUGGAUGAACAGGAACGAAGGGAGAGGGAAAAGGAAAAAGAAGAGAAGAGCAAAGUCUUGUGCAUCAGUGUACAGAAAUUCCGGGGGAUUAGAAGCCUUCUUGGUUCAACAAAAAUCCAAAGGACAGAGCAAAGUCGCUGUCAAGACAAAGAAGGAGGUCUGGUUUGAGAAAGAUUUGGAGAAGCCAGUUGCAGAUGACUCGAUCAACAAUAGCUGUAUUCAGAACUGUAAUAAAAGCAUCAAAGUGAGAAGUAGAAAACGGAACAUGGAAGCUCUAUGGUCCCGGGUGAAAGAGUUUGGGGUGACUGCACAAGGAGAGGAGACGCCGGUGUUAUAGAAACUGAAAGAAAUGGAGAGGUGUGAC